GUCCCUUUACGGAAGUCCUUCCCAAAGAGCUGGAACGGUCAUGGUCGACUUCCCGGUCCAUCGAAACAAUCCAUGACAUAGGUACUGUACGUCGACCCGCCACUUCGACGCCGCAUUCUCACACGGUUACUUCUGCGCGAGAUCCCUAGCUGUCUCGCCUUUCGCAAUUCGGCCGGCCAAGCGCUGGCACGCGAACCAUGUCUCCCACCCCGAUGGACAUCGACGACGCGCCCUCCGCGUCAGCUACUCCAUCGCUGAAUAUUUCGCGAACGCUGGGCGCCAAUGCCCCAAGCACCACGUCUGUCAGCGAAGUGAUUUCGGCAUUCCGACCGACGAAGCUUUUCCGGCGGGACGACGCCAAAGAUGGCAAACCGCUGCCGUACGUUCUGUCAAUUGACUUCGACGAUCCGGGCGAGCUGUGCAUGACAUCGGAGAGCGAUGAGACCAUCCAGAUAUACAACGUGAAGGACGGCCGGCAUGACAAGAGCCUCCUCAGCAAGAAAUACGGCGUGAAAUUGGCCAAGUUCACGCAUACGAGCUCGGGCAUCAUCUAUGCGAGCACCAAGCAGAAUGAUGCAAUCAGGUACCUUGCGACGCACGACAACUCCUUCAUCCGCUACUUUGAAGGCCACGAAGGCGCCGUGACCGACCUCUCACUGCACCCUGGCGCGGACAACUUCAUUUCCUGUAGCGUCGACAACACGGUCCUCUUAUGGGACAUCCGGACCAAGAACUUUUCCGGCAAGCUAUUCCUGAACACGCCGUAUCUCUCGGCGUGGGACCCGUCGGGCAACGUCUUUGCGAUUGCCUCGCCAGCCAGCAGCACCAUCCUGUUGUAUGAUCAUCGUAAUUAUGAGCGAGGCCCUUUUUCCGAGUUCGACAUUAUGAAAGCACGCGGGCCGGCCGAUCCAGAGGCUGCUUCUCGAGGCUGGACAAAGCUAGAGUUUUCCAACGACGGGAAGCAUCUGCUUCUGGGCUCGCGGGGCGACGGGCACUUCCUCCUGGACGCAUUCGACGGGAACCUCAAGGCGUACCUGAAGAAGCCGGGCCCGGGCACCAGACGGUUGGGCGCGGGAGAGACACAGGGCGGCAAUGCCGAGAGCAGCGGCGACUGCUGCUUUGCUCCGGAUGGCCGCUACGUCUUGAGCGGAGCGAAGACGGACCUCCUGGUGUGGGAUACAUUGGCAGCGGCGCAGGGAGGCGACAAGGUGCUUGCGCCGACGCAUGUUUUGGAGGAGAAGCGGGAAACAGCCGUGGUGGCAUACAACCCGCGGUACAACAUGAUUGCUACGGCGGACCAGGAACUAGUAUUUUGGCUGCCCGAGUCCAAUUCGUAGGACGGACGGAGGCUCAGGCUAAGGAUGAGUGGACAUAUUGGGACAGCCGGGAUGGCUGACGGUACGAUCGCGAACUGUGAUACCCUGGGCGGAUGCAUUUUACGGCGUUGCGGUAAAGGCGGGUUGCAAUAUGAAGACUUCGAACCUCGAUGGGUGGCUGUCUGUGUGAAACUGUUUGCUGGGAAAGGGGCUGGUUGUCGGACCCAAACAAAGCUCCCCGCACUCGGUGAAAGUAGCCCCACUGCAC